AUGUCGAGAGAGGGUUCCUCCUCGUUCUUGGGCCUGGAGGGUCUCCAUGUCUUCGUCACCGGAGCAGCCGGUGUCCUUGGGCAAAAGGUAGCUCAGGAGUUUCUCGAGCAAGGAUGCAAGGUGACGGCACAUGAUCACCGCUCCGUAGAGGUACCCUCCGCGACGGGCGACAGGUUCGCGCACCUCAACGUCCAGACGGGGGACAUCUCCGACGAGGAAUCCGUACGCUCCAGCAUCGCGCUCGCCGUCAAGCGCUUCGGGCCUAUUAACGUCCUCAUAGCCAAUGCCGGCGUGGCCAGUGAGCGCCAGGACUGCGCGAUCUGGGAUCUGUCCCUGGAUUCGUGGGAACAGACACACCGCGCCAAUGUGCGCGGCAUCUUUCUCGCCGUCAAGCACUUCCUGCAGGCGGCGCGGACCGCGCAGCAGACGCUAGGCACGGAGCUGGAUAACCUCGCUAUUGUCAUAGCGGGCAACGAGGCGAGCAAGGUCGGGCAAGCGGAUCCCACGGCGUCUCCCUCUGACAAGGCUGGUCUACUGGAUGGGCUUGUGCGGAGGGUAGGCGACGACAUUGGGCGUCUCAACCGCAGGGCGAGAAUCAACGCCGUGAACCUGGGAGGCAACGACAUGUCGGAAGACAUCGCGCGCACCAUGGCGUUUCUAGCCUCCUACCGCGCAGCCGGACACAUCACCGGCCAGUACCUCAACCUCGCCCACCAGACAGAAACCCGUCCCCUCCUCACCGCCGAGCCCACCGUGUCCAUUCCGCGCCCUCUCACACGCACCCGCAACAAGAUUCGCGUCACCGUCUCCAUCGACCUCGACGCCGUCUCCGGCUGGCUCGGCACCGGCCACCACCCAGACAACAUCCUCGCCGACUACUCGGCCGGCUUCUUCGCGGCACAAGUCGGCGUCCCGCGGCUGCUGCGGCUGCUGCACAAGCUCGGCCUCGCGGACCGCUGCACCUGGUUCAUCCCGGGCCACUCGGCGGAGAGUUUCCCGGACGAGGUGGCGCAGGUAAUCGCCUCGGGCUGCGAGGUCGGGCUGCACGGGUACGCGCACGAGGGCGCCUACCAGCUCACCGUCGAGCAGGAGCGCGACGUGCUCGUCAGGUGCAUCGCCAUCGCCACCAAGCUGACGGGCAAGAAACCGGCCGGGUACCGCGCCCCGCUGUACCAGCUGCGCGAGUCGACCCUGGAUCUCCUCGAGGAGUUUGGUUUCGAAUACGAUGCCUCCCUAACCGACCACGACUGCCACCCGUUCUUCGCCCCGCGCCGCCCCCCGCUCAAACCAAUCGACUUCUCCCAACCCGCCUCAACCUGGAUGCACCCACUCCCGCGGCCCAGCGCCUCCACCCAACCGCCCGACCGCCGCCCCCUCGUCUGCGUCCCCUGCAACUGGUACAUGGAGGACAUGACCCCGCUCCAGUUCCUGCCGCACGCGCCCAACUCGCACGGGUACACGGAUGCGCGCGUGAUCGAGAAUCUGUGGCGCGAGCGGUUCCUGUGGCUGCGCGAGAACGAGGACCAGCCCAUCUUCCCUGUGCUGCUGCAUCCGGAUACCAGCGGCAUGGCGCAUGUGGUGGGCAUGGUGGAGCGGUUGCUGGGUUGGUUGCGUGGGUGGGAGGAGGUGGAGUUUUGCCAGACUGGGGAGGUGGCACGGUGGUGGAGGAAGAGGGAGAUGGGUGAGGAGGAGGAGUGA